UCGGCUGGGCGUACGCAAAGCAUCUCGGGCGUAGUGGGGAUUACAUAUUUUAAAAUCAAGAGGGGAGGUGCAGGGCUAACUCAGCAUCUACCUUUCCAUGAGGUGUGGUCCCCAGUUUGCGUGCAUCCCUAUCCUGAAAGGUGGUGACGCGAGUAAGGCGGAACCAGCAGUUGAAGGGAUCUGUGGGUUUGGAAGAAUUCUCCGGUGACGUCGCCGUGGGCGUGGCCAGGAGCUGACAGGCGGCUGCUUUGGUUCUUGCAGUAGUUUGUGUGGUAGUGGGCACGAUGUGGCACGUUUUGGCUGCAGGCUCCUUCUUUUUCCCGGGGCUUUAUCUACUGUGCAGCCAGUGUGCCCGGCGGACCUUGCCAAAAUGGACAGAAGCUGACUGCUCGCUGCUUAGUACCAGGAUUGUAUCCUCUGUGCAAGGAUUUCUUGCUGCUUCCUCUGGUAUUAUUGUUAUCACUUCCUGUAAAGAUGUGAAGUUUGACAGAUCUUUUCACAGACAUUGGCUGGCUACAGCUUACAACUGGUUUAUUAUACCAUACAUGUUAUAUGACAUCUAUGCUAUGUAUCUUCGGCACUGGUACAGAUGUUACGAUAAGCAGAUCUUGAACGGAAAAGAUCACUUUGCUACAGCAAUGGACAGUUUUCUGCGGAAGGAUUUCCUCAUGCUGGUUCACCAUGUUGUGAUUCUAACAAUUCUUGUGCCCAUUGGACUGUUUCUGAGAAGUGAUAUUGGCGAUUUCUUUGUUGGCUGUCUUUAUGUAGCAGAGAUGAGCACUCCAUUUGUGUCACUUGGUAAAGUUCUAAUCCAGAUGAACCUGCAGAACUCUCUCCUGCACAAAGUAAAUGGUGCCCUUGUGUUAAUUACUUUUUUCCUGUGCCGCAUCCUCCUCUUUCCAUUUAUGUAUUACGCCUACAGCAAACAGUAUGGGAUCCCCUUAUACAAAGUGCCUUUCAGCAUACCUCUACACUGCAACGUUGCCAAUGCCUCCAUUAUGGCCCCACAGAUAUACUGGUUCUGGCUUAUUUGCAAAAAAGCAUUAAGACUUUAUCGGGGCCCAGCUAGAUCUGGAAAAGACAGAUAACAGUAAAUUCCUGUAUGCAUAAUCUGUGACUUAUUGUCAUGAACCAGAUAUUAACACUCACUGGAGAUUUGCAACCCAUAGGCACUGAGCUUUCCAUUUGUCUCCAGGCCUGUAUCUGACAAGGGAGUGUAAGUUUGUGUCACCCAAUACACUGUCCUUUAUUCCUGAGACUGGACAAGUAACAUUAAUGAAAAGCAAAAUCUCUCCACAUGAACACAUCAUUGACAAUCAUCUUCAUUUUGUUUUAAAAAAAAUCUAUAUUUAUGUGUCUGUGUAUAUAUAGACUUUUUUUUAUGAUGUUUUACAUCAGGGUUACAGAUUUUGUUUUGGAGUGGAAAACGUAAACAAGUGGAUUGCAAAAUGUAAUACACAUAUGUAGCAUAUAUUAUUAUGCUGAGAUUUAACUCCUUUUCAGAAGACCAAGGGUUACUACUUUCGUAUUUAAAAGUUCUCGGGAACAGGUUGUGAUAUACUCUGGGAAGACCAUACUGGAGUUGGACUGUUUAUUUUGGAUUUCCCAUUUAAAUAUUGUGACGCUUUAUAUGACCUAGUACAUAGUACAAUGGCAACACUACGGGCCAGAUUUAUCAAGGGUCGAAUAUAAAAUUCGAAUCCUCAAAUUUUUUUAUGGUGAAAACUGUCAAAUUCGACUAGGGUGUUAUUCAAAUUCAAUUCCAGUUUUUUUUUAAAAAAAAAAAUCGAAUCCGAUUUUCAAGAUUUAUCAUACUCUUGCCCUUUAAGAACUCUAAUUUGACUAUUCGCCACCAUAUUUUUAUAUAUAUUUUUUUUAAUUUCAGCUUGCCAGUUAUCCUGUAUUUUCCCAGAGAAGUCUGAAUUAGUACCUGUUGUUUUCGCAGAUUAUGGGUAUGGUCAAAAAUGUUUCUUUUCUCCAGGCAAUGUGGGCAGAUAGCAUAGCUCAAUUAAAAAAGAAAAUAUAUAUCACCACCCUAGGCUUCCUUAGGCUAAAGGAAUGCGGGAUGUCAAUAGGCCUUUCCUUCAUAUGCAGCUGUUUUGCAUUCAUAUAAGUUCCCAAUUGUCUUUUUUGGGAAAACCACAGCUUUCAGAACACCUCUUAGCUGUCAACUCCCCCUAUUUCAUCGGGAGUGACCCAAUAAGGACCGCCUCCUCCUGGGCCUCCUGUUACCUUACAGGUUCUCAUAAUGCAGUUUAUGUAAUUCUAUAAAGGGUAGGGAAACACCAAAUCCUUUGCGAAAGAUUCGGCCGAAUACUGAACCAAAUCCUAAUUUGCAUAUGCAAAUUAGAAGUGGCAAGGGGAAAACAUUUUUUAAUUCCUUGUUUUUUACUUCCUUGUUUUGUGAAAAGUCACGCACUUUCCCUCCUCGCCCCUAAUUUGCAUAUGCAAAUUCAGAUUUGGUUCGGUCAGGCAGAAGGAUUCGGCUGAAUCCGCAUCCUGCUGAAAAAGGCAGAAUACCGAACCGAAUCCUGAAUUCGGUGCAUCCCUAAUGAAGGGGUUUCCUAAUAUUCCUAUAAACUAAUUUUUUGGGGGAGAUAUUGUUCCUUUUUAAGACAUGAAUAAGGUUCACAACUGUAUGAUUGUAAUGUCAUGAAAUUAUAUUGUAUGUUGCACCUUUGGGAUUUUUUAUAUGUAAAGGCAAUAUUAUUUGCAGACAUUCUUAUACAAACGUAUGACAUAUGUUCCAAACUGUUCCUUUAAUGGCAGUAGAAUAUUUGUGUAAAAAUGUAAUACGGUACAGAAACUAAUAUUGAUGAAUUUCUAAGACCCAGAGGCUUAUUUAUUUUUGCAACCCCUAAAAGGUCAUUAUACUCUUUUCCUCUUUGUCAAAUGAAAAUUCUAAGGCUAAUGGCACACGGGUUGUUUCCUCUCUGGUGUAAAUACACUGAGAAAUGCUGA